UGUGUCACACCCAUCCAUGUCCGCCAUCGGGUGUGUGACGGCAGGAUGGCGUGGGAAGGUUGACCUUAGUUAACACGUUAGUUCAAUUAAUUAUUCGCUACGUUUACAAUUACUAUAUUUGUCAUUUAAUGACAGCUACGUGCGUUUUACCUGCGUGUAUUCGGUGUGUAACUAAACUGCGGCUACAGACUCAGUCAUGGCCACCGGUCUGUCCAGCUAUGCCGUGCGCAUGGCCAGACUGAGCGCACAAAUCUUUGGGGAGGUUGUGCGUCCGACAGACUCCAGAUCUAUGAAGGUGGUCCAGCUGUUCCAGGAGCCUCCCAUGGCCAAGAGGAAGGAGGUGUAUGACUGGUACCCACAGCACAAGAUUUACUACGCCAUGACCCAGAAGCUGAGGUUCCUGGGACUGUUCAGAGACGAGCAUGAAGACUUCAAGGAGGAGAUGCUUCGCCUGAGGAAACUGAGAGGAAAAGGGAAACCAAAGAAAGGAGAGGGGAAGAGAGCGGGCAAGAAGAAAUGAGCUGCAACAUUUCUGCAGCUCCACCUUUACACAAGACUUGUUUGGGGGGGGGUUGUAGGCAGACAGCAUUGGACUGUACACCAUCACUGUGGGGGGAUGCUAAUCCUGAAAGAAUUCCAUUGGUCCGGUCAGGACUGUCCAGUUGCUUUGUUUGAAGCUUUUCUAUUUUGGCAUGAAUAAUACCUUAGGUCAGCAUUCUCAUCUGUGUUGGUUGAAUUGAAGUGAAUUACAUUCUCUCUUUACAGUAUUUGAACAGUAUUUGAUCUCUUGCACUGAAGUUGCAAAAACAGAAUGGGGUCAAAAACAGUUAAUAUGAGCCCUUCAGUUGGGUAUUAUUAAAACAACCUGAUGUGAUAUGAUCAUCUGAGAGCUCAUAGCAAUAAACACUGAAAAAGUUCCACUGAGAAAUAAAACACAGGCAUUAAAAAUGAUUUUGUGAAACUGUUCUGAUGUUUUUCAUGAAAAUCUUCUUCAUGUCUCUCUUUUUUCAGUUUUUUUGUUUUUGUUUUUUACAGUUUUUUCCCUGGUUUUAAAUGAAUAUUUCCAUCAUUGAAAAACACAUCAGAAUGCAAUAAUUUUAUUUAAAUUCCUGUGGGUUUUUGUUGUGGAACUUGUCAGUGUUAAUACUUGUUUCAUUGCUAAUACAACGUUUCCCAAUACAAGUGUUUCAAUGACAACAUAUCCCUUGUCAGUUAAGGUUUUGUUUUUAAUGCCAAAUUUUUAUUUUAAUGUCAAUAUUUAAAGUCACUAUUCUGGCUCUAUGGUCAUGUCUUUUCAAGAUUAAUAGAAUAAUAACAAUGUUUGGUCUAUUGCAGCUGUACUGCACCUCAUGUCAACCUGGGAGGAAGUGUUCGCUGGUGUAAUUGUUAAUGGAAUGGCUGGAAAAUUAUCAUCUUUAUGUUUUCCAAAUAAAAUCAAUGUGAGGUAUAUGUA